AUGCAUGUUAUGAAACCCUACCCAGGACAGCAUAACAUCGGUUCACCAAAAAGAAUAUUCAAUCAAUGCUUAUCUAGAGCUCGGGUAGUAGUCGAAAACACAUUUGUAGUUUUAACUUCAGUGUUUCGUAUUUACCGUCGUCCAAUUGAUUUAGACCCCAUUACUGUAUUAGAAAUAACAAUGACCUGUGUACUACUACAUAACUUCCUUCGAAAAAACUCCCCAGAUAGAUAUACCCCCCCAGGAACGUUUGAUACGAUUGACAGAAAUUGUGAAAUUAUAACACGUGGAUCUUGGCGAAAAUACGAAGAGGUAUAUAAUGCAAUUCAGAAUAUGCCAAACGUACCCCGUAGGUCACCCAUCCAUGCCAAACAGAUAAGGGAAGAAUUUACGUUAUAUUUUUGUAAUAGAUUAACUUAG